AUGAACAAUCCAAACCUGAGUGAUCAGCCAGUUGGCAAGCUUCAGCCUAAAGAUGCCUAUUUUUUCUUUGCUUAUCUUGCGAGCUUUAAAAUAAGCACUCUUUUAUACGUAUACACACUGCAAGGAGGUGAUGUAAAAUAUGUGACAGGCCAUUUAGUCGAUUUUGGAAUUUGUUUAGCGAUUUCUGUUUUAUCGACGCUUUGCCUUACAAUUUUGCCUAUCUUCUACUUUAGCCAAAUAAAUAUUGCAGUAAAAAUUGCAGCAAUAGCGACAGGAUGGCUCAUUUUUAUGGCCUCAGCAAUUGCGGAUUUGAGCACAACAUUAUUGCAUCAUGGGCAAUAUAAUUUGACUGCAUUUUUUAUGUUUUGGACUAUUUUGUUUAUGAUAACUUUAUCUAUCAAAUUCUGCUUUUAUGCCAAAAGGAAUGUGGGACCUAAAAAGUUUUGAAUUUGUGUAAUUAUCAUAGCGUUAUUAUGGGUAUAUAUUUGGGAAAGCAGAAGCGAAGUUGCGAUUAAAAACUGAAAUAAAACUUUAGGAGGAGAUCAUUUAGUGUAUAAGUGGCCGCGUUGCAAUAUUGAAUUAAGAGGGACUCCUUGGAUGGCAAUUUUACCUGAUAGAACUAUGAAUUUCUUCAUGGGAAGUAAUGACUGUCCAAAAGUCAAAAAAAUAGCCAAUUUGAACAAUGGAGUUCUAGAGAUAGAUUGUGACGAAAAAUAUGCUGAAAUCAUUGAAAACCCAGAUUUUCUUUCAGCUCAUACUGACCCGUUUAUCAUUGAUGAAACUGGAAUUGAAAAUUGGAUUGCAGAUUCAAAAGGACUAGAAAAAAAAUACAAGGUAACAGGAAAAUCAACUUUGAACAUCACAAGUGAAUAUUUUCAAGUAAAAUGUGGCAGCACUGAGAAUUAUUUUGUUCAGAAUACACCUAUUGAUGAUGUAAAGCAAAGGCUGAACAAUAAAACUUCAGAAAUAAGCAGAAUGAAUUUAUUGAUUUUUCAAAUAGAUACACUUUCAAGAGCUCAUUUUAUGAGAAAAUUGGUGAAAACAGUGAAAAAAAUGGAAUUUUUGAAUUCUACUAAUGAAUAUGAUGUGUUUGAGAUGGUGAGACUUUCGACCAUUGGAUUUAAUACUGAGCUCAACACAAAAGCUCUAUAUACAGGCUCUCAGUUGAGGCAAAAUCGAAGUGGAAGACCAAUCUGGGAAAUUUUUCAGAAACAAGACAAUGCUGUAUUAUACUUAAAUGGCUUCUGUGAAGACUGGUCUUGGAGAUUUCUAAAGAAAAAGCCUUAUGGGAUGGAUCAUCUAGUCUUCAAGCCUUGGUGCCAUCCUGCUUACCAUCCUGUAAAUACCACUUUUAGCAAUUUUAACGGAGUCAACUCAAUGAGAAGACGCUGCAUUGAUGGAAAACCAGUAAAUGAACAUUUAUUCGGAUAUUUAAAGCAAUUCUGAAACAACUACAAAGAAUAUGGGAAAAUGGUUCUUUCGCCUCUUCAAGAAGCCCAUGAAGCUAGCAUGGAAGUCAUCGCUACUCUUGACCCAGGACUCUCUUCUUUACUAGAUUGGUUCUAUUCAACAGGAAACCUCAACAACACAGUUCUCAUCAUAACAAGUGACCAUGGGUCCCACAUGUCUUUAUAUUACACUUUUUCUCAAGCUGGCAGAAUUGAGCACAAAAUGCCUGAAAUUUUUAUGAUUUUCCCGAAAUGGUUUACAGAGAAAUAUCCCCAUAUAAAGCAAGGAUUACUUGAAAAUAAACAAAGAUUAAUGAGCCAUUAUGAUACCCAUUGGACUAUAAGAUCUCUAGCAAAGCUGCCUGAGUUUAGAGGGAGCCAAUCGAAUUAUGAUGAAAAUUUAAAUUCACACACAAGUCUAUGGGACUGUCAGGCUAACGAAAAAUAUAUGAAGGAUAUAUGGUAUUUUAGAGAAAAAGAAUUUUAUAAUGCAGAUGGGUGGGAUAAUUUUGAUAAUCAGCUUCCCAAUGUAUUUACAAAACUUAGAUAUUGCAUUGAUACAUAUGAGAAACCAGAACCUGAUGAAGAUCCAAUGAAGCAUGAGCUUCCAGCUGAUAAAUCAAGAUUUCUUGGUUUUGAUAAACCAAUUAAGUUGAAUCUUGAAAAUGUCCCUUCAUGCAAAAGCAAGACUUGUUAUGAUGUGACAGUUUAUGAUGUGAUUAAAGAUUAUGAUUCUUAUAUCUGGCUUCUUGAUGCUGCUUUUGACUUAGAAAUGCAGUCUUGGAUUAGUUCUGAAAAUUUUAUCAAUAAAGCAGAAAAUAUAACACAAGAAAAAUUAGCUGAUAUUGAAGCAUGGGGCACCCUCCAUGCUCCAGGUACUGGAAGAUUUAGAUUUGGAUACUCUUUAUUUAAUUACACAUCAGAUCGAGGCUGUAAAGACAUUGGAAGUAUGGAAUGCCCAUGCUCUUAG